CCUAAACUCGCUGCGAUCACAACGCUCAUAUCUUUCAUUGUAUUUUGUUGAGGCUGACGUACAGCAAGCAUCAUGUCUAUAGGCUCGGAUUCGCAGUCGAGCUCGCAGAUUCUUUCCUCCUCGCAUGCCUCCCUGAAUCAACCUAGCAAGAGAACGUCAUCGGAUGUCUCCAAGAUAUACAAGCAUGCUUCGCAGCUUUACCUGACCAGGAGACUGCUGGAAGCAUAUGAAGCCCUGCAGCCUAUAGUCACUCCACCCGGGAAAGGAAGACCCGACGACAGCCCUGCCCAAGCACCCGUUGCGACCGCGACGACGAGCCAGCGCAUCAAGAUUUGGAGCUUGUAUGUCACCCUGUUGAACUCCAUCGUCGACCUUGGCUAUGAAGAAGGAGGAGGUCUGUUCGGCCACAAAGAGUAUCAGGAGAUCGUUCGAAACGUCAGGAAUGGCACGGUCUGGGAACAAGUGGUCAGAGACGGCUACCAGGGACGAGAAGGCUCAGUGGAUGCCGAAGUCGUCUACAAUUUAUCGAAUCUUCUCCUUGCACAAGCUGCUAAUCAGAAGCUCACCCAAUCGCGUCUUGAAACCUACCUUUCCUCCUCACACCCCGAUCUUGACCUCUCCACCCACCUCAAUGAUGCGCUGAGCAACGGUCGGCAAGCUGGCAUGAACGGGACGAACACGCCAAAGGAUCUUGCUUCGCGAAUCAAAGUCUUGGAGCUCUUCACAUUGCACGUCCUACCACGAAACGAUGAAUGGGAAUAUGCCAAGAGUUUCAUUUCGAACAGUGACAUUCUGGAUGAGGAACGACGGGACGCCUUCCUGCAGACGUUACAAGAACUUCAAGAAGUGAGUGAGGGGCAGCAGGACAUUGAUGAAGCAGAGCAGGACGUUUUCGAGGACACGGAGGAAGACCUGCACCCACCCGAACCCACCCUUUCCGAACAGGGCCAUACGCGCGAGCCCCAUCUGUCAAGAACAGCGUCUAAGCACCAGAGGACGAGUAGCGAGGUGGACUACGGUAUCGAAAAGGAACAUCCGAAUGGCACGCAUGUGGCUCCCAAGCCAGAGGAUAAAACCUCAACAGCGAAGCCAUCAAAAGAAGCUGCAAUGAGUAAACUUCCUUCACAACCAAUACCCUCCACUACCUCACCACGCUCUCCACCUGUACCUUCAUCUGUCAGCCGCAGCACACUGUCUCCUCCGGCGCAGACACCUCGAAGGCCUACCCGUAAAUCCAAGGCAUCGAAUCAGAAUACCAUGCUUGCGCAGGCACGGCAGUUGUUCGUGACUCUUUCGAAUCUGGCUCGCAACUUGGCCGGCACUAUCUCGAAGAAUCCAACGAGUCUUCUGAGAUUCUUGCUGUUUAUCUUGGCGUUCGUGAUGGCUUUCAGUCAGAGGCAAGUGAGGGAAAGAGCCCGGAGAAUGGCCAACACCAGCUGGGAGAAAGUCAGAGCUACCAUUGGUAUGGGUACAAAAGUCAGUUAUAUCUAAGGUCAGGCAGGUAUGACUGGGAAGGACGCGGUGGAGUACGUUAGUGCAGCAUCUUCUCAUGUCAUUCCAACACGUACAAGCGCAAAGGCGCGUUUUUGUAACGUUCAUGUUUUUGCAUAUAGCGAAGUGAGCAGAAUUAUAUCAAUUCAUCGGCCCUCCCAGUCAUGUUCGAACCGAGCAC